AUGGAGACGGAGUUCUUCACUGGCAUCAAAGCUGACCGCUAUGCUAUCUCACAGCCACAUCAUCCAGAAGACCGCCUCCACCUACGAUUGCAUCGUACUCAGCCGGUGGUAUUGACGGCACAAGAACUAGUGGAGAUUCGGGCAGCGCAGAGGACUUUCGAGGGUGCUUACAUGCGGACUGCCCUAUCACAGUUCAGCUUUGCCCUAAUCAUCCUCAAGAUCUUCACUUCCGAGUUCUACGCAAUCGGUGCGUUAUUCGCCGUCUAUGGGGCAACAGUGAUGUUAUGCGCCUUGUUGCGUCGGUACGAAGGCAACAGGCAGUUCUUCAGCAUCACAGACAACGAAGGGAAAGUUAUGAGCAAGUUUCGCACUUGUAAUAAUAGCGUCCUGCUACUUACAACGCUGAGCCUCGGCGCAUAUAUCGGCCUGAUUAUUCUGACCUGGAACCUGGCGGCUUAA